GGCCAGGUCACCCCUUUAUGGCAGUGGGACAAUCCUUCUGGGAUGUGGAGUCCAAUUUGUCUGCGUGGUCAGACUUGGAGGAGGAUUUUGUAGUGAAAGUUGAUCCGACAGUGUUGAGGACAGGCCAUGUUGGCAAAGAUGUUGAUAGAAAACAAAUUGCAGGUCUGGACAUGGAUGUGGGAUCAUGUACCCUGCCAAAGUAGGUUGAAUACACAAGAUGUAGGUCCCCUGUUGACCCCAAUGGCAGCUGACUGAAGCAGGAGCAGUAUAGCACACACAGACGACACCCUGGAGUCAUGGCUAGCGAGAGAUUAACUCUGAGGGUCUUCCUACCCAACGGGACCUUCAACUCGGUCAAGUACAAUGAUGGCACAGACGUUAAGAAUAUAAUCCAUGUUGUGGUUGGUCGGCUGGCGGCCGGUACGCGGGAGUACGAAGCCUGCUACGCCAUGAGGAUCAACCACACGCAGUCGGAGGAGACGUACUGGUUAAAUCCGGACAUGGCCAUCAGCGAGGUCAGCGAGCUCUACUGGAACAUCCACCCUGCAACAGAAUGGAGAUUCGAGCUGCGGAUUCGGUUUAUCCCCAGAAGUUAUAAGGAUCUGCUGGAGAGAGACAGAGUCACUUUCUUCUUCCUGUAUGAUCAGGUACGCACAGACUACAUGAAUGAGCUGGCCGAUACCAUAGACCAAGACGAGGCGAUCAGACUGGGCUGUCUGGAGAUCAGGAGACUGUUCAAGGAUAUGCCGGAGAGAGCACUGGACAAGAAGGCAAAUUUUGAGUACCUAGAGAAAGAGCUGGGACUGAAAAGAUUCUUCCCGAAGUCAGUCUUGGAGACGGUCAAACCCAAGAACAUGAGGAAGCUGAUUCACCAGAACUUCAAAGACUAUGAAUCCAUGACAGAAGAGGAGUGUGUGUUCAAGUUCUUUGGGCUUAUCUACAGAUUCCACAGAUAUGACCAGGAGAAGUUCAAGUGUGCACUAGGGAAAGGAUGGAGUGUCUCAGUAGAACUAGUGAUUGGACCAGAUGUGUGUAUCAGCUACACUACAGACAAGGGAGCAGCUCCCAAUCAGCUGGCAGACUUUGCCCAGGUUCACUCCAUCAAGACCACGACUGUUGAGCCUGAGAAGAAGGGAUCUCUACAGCUGGAGAUCUUUGGUGCCAGCGAGACGCUGACCAUCACGACACCCUCCCUGGCCAUAGCAGAGGACAUGGCUAACCUGGUGGAUGGGUACUGUAAGCUGACCCACAACAGCACCACUUCCCUCAUCACCCGACCAAACGAUAGCAGAAGAGCUCUUCCUGUUCCUCCUGGAAUGAACAACGCACCGAAUGGCAGAGAGAGCAGAAAAAGUGAUGCUUCCAGCAAGAAAGGUUCCCUGGUCUCAGUGGCUACCAUGACAACCACUGAUGACGAAGAUGAGGAAUCUGAUGACUAUGCAGAGAUUGUGGAUGAUGAUGACUACUCCAUGCCAGCUACAAAAGACUACGAGAUUGCGAGGGACAAAAUCGUCCUUGGUGCAAUAAUCGGAGAGGGUCAGUUUGGAGAUGUGCAUAGAGGAGUCUACAAAUCCAAGGAGGAAGGCAACCUUGAUGUUGCAGUGAAGACGUGUAAGAUGGACUGUACAGACACAGUAGCAGAGAAGUUCCUGGAGGAGGCCUACACCAUGAAGCAGUUCGACCACCCUCACAUCAUCCGGCUCAUCGGAGUGUGCACGGACAGGCCCAUCUGGAUCAUCAUGGAGCUCGCCAAUUUUGGGGAGCUGAGGUCGUUCUUACAGUCCAACAAGGCGAGUCUGGAUCUGGCGACCCUUAUCCUCUAUGCAUACCAGCUCAGCACAGCAUUGUCGUAUCUAGAGAGCAAAAAAUUUGUACAUAGAGAUAUUGCUGCGAGAAAUGUGCUGGUGGCUGCCUAUGACAGUGUCAAACUGGGAGACUUCGGACUUUCGAGAUGGGUGGAGGACCAAACAUACUAUAAAGCAUCCAAAGGCAAGCUGCCCAUCAAAUGGAUGGCUCCAGAGUCCAUCAACUUCAGGAGGUUCACAACAGCCAGUGAUGUCUGGAUGUUCGGUGUCUGUAUGUGGGAGAUUUUAAUGUUGGGGGUCAAGCCAUUCCAGGGAGUCAAGAACAAUGACGUCAUUGGGAAGAUAGAGAAUGGGGAGCGGCUGGCCAUGCCGCCCAACUGUCCCCCCAACCUCUACAACAUCAUGACUAAGUGCUGGUCCUACGAACCCUCCAACAGACCACUAUUCAGCCAUCUAAAGGAACAGCUUAGUCUGAUCCUUCAUGAGGAGAGGAUGGCCCAGGAUGCAGCUAUGCACAGAGAUGCCAGGAGAAUGAACCAGCUAGCUUGGGGUGUUGGUUAUGGGGAGGACCAGCCACCACCUAAGCCCAGCAGACCAGGCUACCCCAGCCCCAGGUCCAGUAUGGGGAACCUGCUAGACCAGGGGUACCCUGUGGGCAUGCUCCCCUCCCAGUCCAACCCUAACCUGGUCCUGGACCUGCCACCAUGGGGAAACAACAGCAUGCCAAACCACUAUCAGCCACCUCCUGCUAACACCCUCCACCCCCUCCACUCGUCCUGGUCCAACCCCAACCUGGCACAGUCUCCCCGGAGCUCCUGGGGUCCCCUGCCCCCCCACUAUCAGGUGUCUAACAUAGAAGGUGUUCUGUCACCUGGCCACUACCAGACACCACCCGGUCUGAACCGCCUCUCAACCGGGUCGGCAGACGGGGAUUGGAACAGACCACUAAGUGUGGAGGAGCGGGAGGCCAUGGAGAGGUUGAAGGCUGAACAUGCCCUGCAGAUGCAGGAGCUGGAGAGAAGAAUGAUCCAGCAGAAACUGGAGGCACAGCAGCGGCAGUGUGAGGAGGACCAGAAGUGGCUGCAGAACGAGGAGGUGGCACUGAACCCCAUCAUCUCCCCAAAGCUGGAGCGUCCAGAGCAGAUGCCAGGUCCACCCAAUGAAGUCGAAGGCAGCCAGACAGAUGGCAACAUGCCGGACAGAUCCUCCUCACCUGCAUAUGCAGACAUAAGGAAGAGGCCUCUCCCUGAGCUGCCAUCCUACCAGCAGAACCCUCAAGAACCAAAUAGCAAUGAGCCACCUCCAAAACCUGCAAGACCAGGCCUUCCCCUAAGCCCCAGGACCAGUAAUGCUGCUGACUUGUCAUCACAGAGUCCUCCUCCUACAACCCCACCAGCUGAAGCAGCCCCUGCCCCCACCAUGGACCUGGACAGGACCAACGACCACGUGUUUGACAACACGACCGGCGUGGUGCGGGCCGUGAUGGAGAUGUCCAACAAGCUGCAGUACGCCAAGGCUGACCAGUACGUCGUCUUGGUCAAGGAAGUUGGUCUGGCCCUGAAGAGUCUCCUGACCAGUGUGGACGAGGUGACAGCCAGGAUCCCCUCAGAUCUACACAGGGAGAUUGAGAUGGCCCACAAGGUGCUGAGUUCAGACAUGGCAAACCUGAUUGAGAAGAUGAAGCUGGCCCAGAAGUACAGCAACACGACGCUGGACCAGGAGUACAAGAAGGGCAUGCUGCAGUCGGGACACAUCCUCGCCAUGGACGCCAAGAACCUGCUGGACGCCGUCGACAGUGCACGAAUCAAAUCACACCAGAUCAACCAAUCAUGACACACCAGGACAGGGUUAUAGGUCGUGUAGAAUUCCAUGUACAUGUAGAG